GAGCCGAGGAGAGUAAAUACAACAGGAGCGCAAAAUGGCGGAGCCGCCGAGCCCUAUGCACGGCGCUGCCGCCGCCGCCGUCUCGGAAAAGGAAGCCUUGGGCAAGCUGCAGCCCCCCUCCCGGGACCCGCCAGGUCCUCUGUCCGCCAAGAAGGUCCGGACUGAGGAGAAGAAGACGCCGCGGAGACUGAACGGAGAAGGGAGCAGCGGCGGCCACAGCAGGCAGCUGCAGCCGCCGGCGGCACCUUCGCCUCAGAGCUAUGGCAGCCCCGCGGCUUGGAGCUUCGCCGCUCUGUCAGCCGCCCCCUCGCCGUCCUCUGCUCGCAGCGGGUUCUCGUUCUCGGGCAGCCCGGGGUUGCCCUCCUCAGCCGCCGCCGCCGCCUCGUCUCAGCCGCUGCCGCGCAAACUGCUGCUGCCUCCUACGCUGCUGCACGCGCAGCCCCCGCGGCUGCUGCUGCCGCCCGCCGCCGCCGCUGCCGUCGCCGUGUCCCCGGCCGGCGCCAAGCCGCCGCGCAGACCUAAGGAGAAGCGGGACCGGGAGCGGCGCAGGCACGGCCUCGGCGGGCCGGGCGAGGCCGGCGGGGCCGCGCGCGAGGAGAACGGGGACGUGAAGCCGCAGCCGCGAGAUAAAAUCAAAGAUAAAAUUAAAGAGAGAGAUAAAGAAAAAGAGAGAGAGAAAAAGAAGCAUAAAGUAAUGAAUGAGAUCAAGAAAGAGAAUGGGGAAGUAAAGAUUUUGCUGAAAAAUGUGAAGGGAGAGAAAGAGAGAAGUACAUGUUCUAGAAAGAACACAAGCUUCUCCAGGGUGGAAAUAAACAAGCAAAGAAACAGAAAAAGGAGCAAGCAAGGUGGGAAGGAGAAACAAAAAACAAAUGUAGAAGACUUACAAAUUAAAAAGGUUAAGAAGAAAAAGAAAAAGAAACAUAAAGAGAAUGAAAAACGGAAGCGUCCAAAAAUGUAUAGCAAAUCUAUCCAAACCAUCUGCUCAGGAUUGCUAUCUGAUGUUGAAGAUCAAGAGGCCAAAGGCAUCCUAAAUGAUAACAUAAAGGAUUACAUUGGAAAGACUCUGGAUAACAAGAACUAUGAUUCCAAAAUUCCUGAGAACAGUGAUUUUCCGUUUGUCUCAUUGAAAGAGCCACGGGUUCAGAAUAACCUCAGAAGGUUGGACACUUUGAAGUUCAAACAGCUCAUUCAUAUUGAGCACCAGCCUAAUGGAGGGGCAUCAGUUAUCCACGCCUACAGCAAUGAACUCUCCAACCUGUCUCCUGUGGAGAUGGAGAGGUUUGCAGAAGAGUUUGUGGGUCUAGUAUUCAGUGAGAAUGAAAACUCUGCAGCUUUCUAUGUAAUGGGUAUUGUUCAUGGGGCAGCUACUUACUUACCUGACUUUUUAGACUACUUUUCAUUUAAUUUUCCCAAUUCACCAGUGAAAAUGGAGAUAUUGGGAAAGAAGGAUAUAGAGACUACAACUAUGUCCAAUUUUCAUGCUCAGGUAAAAAGAACAUAUUCUCAUGGUACUUACAGAGCUGGCCCAAUGCGACAAAUCAGCUUGGUGGGAGCAGUUGAUGAAGAAGUGGGAGAUUACUUCCCUGAGUUUCUUGACAUGUUGGAAGAUUCGCCAUUUUUAAAAUGUACACUGCCAUGGGGGACACUAUCUAGUCUAAAAUUAGAAUGUCGAAAAGAUAGUGAUGAUGGUCCCAUUAUGUGGGUGCGUCCUGGAGAACAAAUGAUCCCUGUGGCUGAUAUGCCAAAGUCACCUUUCAAAAGGAAAAGAACUACCAAUGAAAUAAAAAACCUGCAGUACCUACCUCGAACUAGUGAGCCUCGUGAGAUGCUCUUUGAAGACAGGACAAGAGCCCAUGCAGAUCACAUAGGACAAGGUUUUGAACGACAAACUACAGCUGCUGUUGGAGUACUGAAAGCUGUACACUGUGGAGAGUGGCCUGAUCAACCUCGAAUAACCAAAGAUGUAAUUUGCUUUCAUGCUGAAGAUUUCUUAGAAGUAGUUCAGAGAAUGCAGUUAGAUUUACACGAACCACCCCUGUCCCAGUGUGUCCAAUGGGUUGAUGAUGCAAAACUUAAUCAGCUGAGGAGAGAAGGUAUUCGCUAUGCCAGGAUUCAGCUGUAUGAUAAUGACAUUUAUUUUAUUCCAAGGAAUGUUGUUCAUCAGUUCAAGACAGUUUCAGCUGUAUGCAGUUUGGCAUGGCAUGUUCGGCUCAAGUUGUAUCACUCAGAUGAGGACACUGUUCAGAAUACAACUACUCAUGUAACAGGCACAUUAUCAGAUUCCACAUCUUCAGUUCUCGGACCUUGUGUUGAUAAGAUGGCUAGUGCUGUAAGCAAAAGUUCCUUGGAUUCUGUUUUGUCAGACAAGCUUCACUCUGCACACGAAUUACAGCAGAUUAAACAUGAACCUAUGUCAUCUGUAAGAAUCAAGGAAGAACCUAUGAAUGUUUGUAUUUCUGAAAAGACUAGAGCACAGAAUAAUAUGGAUAGCAAGAAUGUUAAAGCAAAAUUGGAUCAUGUUCAAUUCACAGAAUUUGAGAUGGACACGGACUCUAAAUUUGAAAAUAGCAACAAAGAUUUAAAGGAAGAAUUGUGUCCUGGAAGCCUCAUAAGUCUGGUUGACACAAGGCAACAUAAUUCAGCACAUUCGAAUCAAGAUAGAAAAGAUGAUGACAUUUUGUGUUAAAUUUGUACAUACCACUUAAAAUUUUUUUUUAAAAAAAGCUUAAUAAUGUAAUAAAGAUUCAUGAAUUCUGAAUGCAAGUCAGAGACUUGCUCCCAAAUCCUGUUACAAAAUAUAGUUUAUGUAGCUUUGUAACAUUCCUCAGUGCCUGUCCAUAACUGUGAAUUAUCAAAGCACUUAGGGCCAGUUGCACUGUAAACACUGCAGGUCUAAACAGAAUUCUUUAAAAAGUUAUUUGAGUUGGAGUCCUAAGUUUUAAAACAGAGCUGACAUUAUCAUUUAUGUGUGUGUGAUGUGUGUUCUGUGUGUAUGUGUGUGGAUGUUUGUGCAUACAUGUAUGUUUGUGUGUGUGUAUAUAUACACACACACACAUAUAUACACACACAUGCAGGCAUGCAUACUUUUUUUCAUAAUAUGAGCCAGAAUUCCUUUUUGACAAUUUAUGGCUUUUCCAUAGAGCUUGUUUAUACAAUCUUCCCACCCCCCAUUUUAAAUAUGUCAACACAGUAGUGUAAAUAAAUUUUAAAAAUCUUUUUAGUGUGAUUUAUACUGAAAUGUGAGCCGCUUAAUAAAGGUUCAUGUAAUAUGUUUUCUGUUGAGAUGGAAAAAAGAUUGACAAUUCAGUUACAUCAUCUGAUCUAUUAUGUUUCUGCUGGUAUAUCCAUUUACGAUGGUAAUGGGUUACAAAUGUAUAGUUUUCAAAUUAUCAAUACUUAAGUUUUCCACACUGCAAGCAUUUUAAAGAUUGUUAUGAAGGAUGUGUGUGUGUGUCAGUGUGUGUACAUAUGUGUCUAUAUGGGAAUGUAUGGUUACCAUAUUUUGCAUAAGUGCUGGAUAAUAUGGAGUACUUUUAAAAUAUUAAGAGCAGUUUAGGUAAUAAUUUUAGAAAGUUUGGAGAAACAAGGUCCAUUAAUGACAUCUAACUUUCUAAAUAAUGUGGCCAGAUUACCACUUAGUCCUAAAAUACAUUUAAAAACCAGCUGAAUAAAAAUCUUUAGUUACAGGAAAUUUACUUGUAAGCAAUUAGGAUCCGCUUUUACGUUUUCUUACAAACAGGAAGAAAAUAAGGCAAAUACAAAGUGUUAAAAUAAGGGCAGUGACUAACUGCCAUAUAUAGAGAUAGAACUAAGAAAAUAGGAUGUUUCCUCAGCUCUCUAAGGAUCUCUAGUCCCUAUCCUAGCAAGGUAAAUAGAAUUUUCUCAAAAGGAGCUCUAGAAAAGAACAUUGGAAUAGGAAACCAGAUUGCCAUUGCCUCACUAAAGAUGACUUAAAACAAAACUCCUCAGUGAGCACUAUUUCAGACUGCAUUCACUGGUACCACUGCUGUAAUCAAGUCAAACAAAUCUCUUUACUGUAGCCUUAUGUAAAUAACUCUGCUUAUUGCAAAUGUAGUUUAUUUGUCUUUAGUAUUCUGGGUUCAUGCUUUGAUGAAUUUCAAAGUGUGUGUGUGUGUGUGUGUGUGUGUGUGUGUGUGUGUGUGUUUGCGUUUGUGUGUGUGUUUGCGUGUGCCUGCGCGUGCGUGUGCAUGCUCACACAUUGCCAUUUGGGCUAAUGUUCUAUUUCAGUGGCUUCUGCUCAAGUCUCAUCUGUGUUAUUUAUAAAACUGCUUAUCUUCUGCUUACAAAGAAACUUCAUUUAGAGACAUUUCAACAGUUAAAAAACAAAAAACCAAACUGCAGCAAUGAUGCCAUUUCUGGCCCUCAGUUUAAAAGGGUAGGAAAUCUUGAUGGUUUGUAGGAAAUCAAUAUAUUUGUAACAUAGGGAUUUUUAUGGGAUAAAGAAGGUAUAAUCAUGUAAAUAGAAAUUUUGUGGGUUGUUCCCCUCCCCCCCAGUGGACUUCUAUUUUAUAUAUUACUGUCUUAUUCUGUUCCUCAUCGCUUUGUGUAUUUGCAUCAAUCUUUUGGAGAAAGAUACAAGUUCAUAACAAACCAGUAUUGAGAAAUAGAUGGGGAUGUGGCUAAAAUGCAUUUUAUUAUUUUUAAUUGAAGAUUUAUAUAUGUAAUAGUUUGUUUUUCAAUUUUCCAGUAAUGUACACAGAGAUGCAUGAAGUCAUAUUGUAAUAAAGUGUCUUUAGGGAAUCCUUUCAAAAUAUAUGAGCCUUAAACUUUUAUCUUUAAAACAUACCUAAAAUAACCAUAAUGGUUGCUUUUAGGCACAGUUUCUUAUAUAACCUAUAUCCAAACUUCUCCAUAUUAAAAAAAAUUGUUUUGUAAAAUGCAUACCUCUGUUAGAGAUGAAGUAUAAAUCAGUGGGCUCAGAUUUCAAGUUAUAGCCAUGUCACCUUGAAUAAUGCUUAUGUUUCUUGUCUUACGGGUUAUAAUUUUAAAAUCCUCUUGAGAUGCAGUCUGAGAUCUUUUUGACUACCUUUGUUAUACACAAAUUAUUUCUAUUUCAAUAUUGCAUUAUAUUAAUGGUUUCUAGUUAGUACAUUCCAGUUCUUUUUUCUGAACACAGAUUUUUUGCUAUUAUUUCCAGUUUCUUGGAUCAGAACAAUAAAGCAGUUCAGAUAAUAGUUCCUACGUGAUCUAUUCUAUAUAUUGUUGUUACAUAAAUUAUUAAGUUGAUACAGAUUUUUUAAAAAAUUAAGGUAACUCAGUGGUGUCUGCUACAGUGCUUUUGUUUUUAAAUCACUUUUGUUUAUGCCCAUUUAGCUAAGUAAUAUAUAUUCCAUACUCAGGUUAGCUGGCUAGCUAGCAAAAAAAUUAAGCAUUUGUAAUAUUAGUUGAAAAGUUUACUGAAGCCAUAUUCAUUAUAUUCCUCUCACUAAGGCUGUUGACCAUAAAGAAAGACUAAGUUGAUCUAGUACGACACGUGUGUGUGUGUGUGUGUGUGUGUGUGUAUUACAUAUACAUGUAUAUGUCCACACAUAACUAUGCUUUGUUCCACAUAAUCAUUUUUAAUCCAUUCUGUAAGUUUGGGGGAAUCAUGAAAGAUAGGAAAGAUUUUAUUUUUUAGGUUAGCUUCAAGGUAUUUUAUUAGUGUUUGUGAGAGUAAGACAUUUCCCCUCAAUACUUAGAUAAUACCAUUUUGUAAAUAAUAAAUUAGCACUGUUUUGGUAAAUUUGCAUUGAGUUACUUUUUGGAAAAAUUCACGUCAUGUAAAGCAAAUAUAAAAAAAAUUUUUAUUUUUAGCAAAGGUGCAAGAUUUGCUUUUGGAGUUUGAGAGGAGUUUUCCUUGUCUUCCACCUUUCAAUAAAUACUAAAACUGAAAACUAA